AUGAGUAAAGAAAAUCGAGGUACCAGUAAGGAAUAUAAUACGGAGACGGAAGGAGUACCAAAUUCUUCAAUUGCAUGGAAGAACAAUAAAAUUGUGUCCCUUGUGUCUACAUUUUGUGGAACUCUUCCGAAAUCCAAAGCUGACAGAUACGAUAAAUCUCAAAAUAAAAGAGUGGAGAUCGAUUGCCCUAAGAUUGUAAAAGAAUAUAAUAAACAUAUGGGAGGAGUAGACCUUAUGGAUAGUUUGAUUGGUCGAUACCGUAUCAAGCUCAAAUCCAGGAAGUGGUAUUUCAGACCUUUUUUAUUACCUUUUGGACAUGACAAUGGCAAGCAAAGACACAGAUUUGGGCCAAACGAUCUGACAGAAUAUGCUCUCUCAAUGGAUUGUAUAAUGGACAUUCCAGGAGGAGAUGUCCUAAAGAUUCGGUCUUUCGAGUAUUACAUAUUGUACAAUAGUCUGUUUGGUCAACCCUAUAAUCUUUAA